AUCACGGGAACGCUCAGCACAAGCGUCCGAAAACUUGCAAAAUCGCAAGAUUUUGAAAACCUUGCGAUAUUAUUCAUGGAGUCAGCAAAUACAUACGCCAGACCAAGUAAAGAACCUCCAACAAAUCCAAAAGAACUAAAGAAGUGGAAAGAAGAGCGCAAAGCAGCAAAGAGAAAAUGGAAGGAAGAAAAGUUACUGAAACAGUUGGCAAAGAAACGACAGCUUGAGAAGAAAGAAGAAGAAGCAAAGAAAGUGAAAGAGGAAGAAGAGGAAGUACAAGAAAGAUUAGGUCGUCCAUACACAUUGUCCAUAGCUUUACCUGGCUCUAUUCUAGACAAUGCACAAUCACCAGAACUGAGGACUUACCUUGCUGGACAGGUAGGUCAGGUUAAUUAUUAUAUAUCAUAUACAUUGUCAAUAGCAUUACCUGGCUCUAUUCUAGACAAUGCACAAUCACCUGAGCUGAGAACUUACCUUGCUGGACAGGUACGGCUCGAGUACGGAUCGUUAAGAAUCGAUACGGAUUAA